AUGUGGCAACUGGCCUAUACUAGGUAGUUUCCUUUUCCUUUCCAAUCAUAAAUCUUGUUAUUCCCUUAAGACUUCAUCUUAGUAUAUAAAUAGCCAAUCAAGCCAACCAAAUUAUGCAUAUUCAUUCAGCAGUACUUGAUUAUUAUUUUCUCAUAUAUCGGCCAUGGAAAAAGUCUUGUUUUGGUCUUGUACACUUCCAUCUUUGUCUUUCUCUGAUCCAAAAUUGCUUAGCCUGAGAAGAUCAAAGGGUAAAAUUUCUGCACGACGUAACGAUUCUUGUGACUGGGAUUAUAGGGGGCGAUUGGUGGAUGAAAGCAUGAUUGUGUUAAGGAAGAGAGUUCAUGAGAUGAAGGUAAUUGAGAGAAAUUAUGAGCCACCUGCAGAAUGGAUGGAAUGGGAAAAGCAAUAUUAUGCUUGUUAUGAUGAGGUAAUAUGUAAUUUGGUUGGGUGUUUACAAAUGCAAUUGUUGAGUACAAGGCCUAGUUUGGCUCUUGGGAUGUUAGUCCUCCUCCUCAUCAGUGUUCCAGCUUCGACGGCCAUGAUUUUCUCUCAUUUGGUCAAUGGCGUCCUGUCCACCGUUCAUCUUGGUUGAUGUCUUUUAAUAGUCAGCCAGGAGUAGUUGUGAAUUGUAAUGGGACUGCAGUAUGUAUACAUAUUUGAUAAACAUAGUGUAGACCUGGUAGUUGUAUUCUUUCAUUCUUAAUUUUGGCUUUUGGUCAGUACUUUUCUUUCUCCAUUAGGUACUGCUAAUCUACUACAUGGUUGUAAUUUGUAAUGUAUCCAAUUUGUUUCCAUUACAUAUUAAGUUCUAAUUGACAGUUCUAACUCAUUAA